UUUUCAAUAUACUGCACAUCUUCCUCUAAAACAGACGAAAGAUCGCUGACCCAAGAAGAUAACAGUCCAUGGCGACUCAACUCAAACCCAACUUAACACAGAAACAGCUCCAUCCAUCUAACUGGCUCAGCGCACUUAAAGCCAUGGUCAAGAUUGGCAGCUGUUAAAGACGCAUUAUCCGGGAUCGAAAAUAAAGGUUGUUUGGAGCAUUUUUGGAAUGGGUGAGGAAACGCAUGAUACAAUGAACCUGGAUUUGAAUCUGGGUCCUACUCCUGAGACAGGGUCAGGUUCAGUGUCUAAUGAAGGUUUGGGCUGGGAUGCUUCGGUUAAUAAUCGGUUCAAUAGGAUUAGAGAAGCUGUUCGGCGUCGACGGUGGAGAUGGCAGCAGGUUCAAUUUCCUGCUGCAACUCAGAACCUAUCUGUGGAAUUGGAUCAGUUCAUGGUGAAUUUGGACAAUGCAAGUACGUUACAGGCAGGUGAGGGCAGCAUCAUUCCAGAGGAAAGAACGAGUGAUGUGCCCAAAUCAUGUGAGAAUACCAAUGGAUUAUUGGAAGAUGAAGUUUCAGAAAACAAGGAUGAUGUUGAGAAGGGAGUUAGCAAUGAUGUGGGUUUCUUUGAUUGUAACAUAUGCCUGGAUUUGGCCCGGGAACCUGUCGUAACUUGUUGCGGUCACUUGUUUUGCUGGUCUUGCCUCUACCGAUCAUUACAUAAGCAUUCUGAUGCAAAAGAAUGUCCUGUUUGUAAAGAAGAGGUGACAAUUAAAACUCUGACCCCGAUUUAUGGCAGGGGGAAAGUCAACCUUGAGCCAGAAGAGGACUCCGGUCUUAAGAUCCCUCCUCGGCCCAAUGCACGGCGGGUGGAGAGCUGGAGGCAAACUAUUCAAAGGACUGCUUUAAAUCUCCCAGUGGAGGAGAUGAUUCGCCGACUUGGAAGCAGAUUUGAUUUGACCCGUGAUCUGACUCCACCAAGGGAGGCCGAAACGACAGAAAUAACUGAUUCUGUCCUUAACAGGAUAUUGACAUCUCGGGGAUUGCGUGGAGAGCAAACUACAGUUGUGUCCCUUGAUGAUGUUGACUUGAGGCCUAGCAGCACAAAUGGUACUGAUGUUAUGUCCUCCCGAGUUCAUUCUUUGUUCCGUCAAAGACAAUCACAAUUACGAAGAGUUGCAAGAUUUACUUCUCUGUCAUCUGGAUUGAAUUCAACAGAAAGGAUAGUUGAAGCAUAUCUCCGAAGCAACGCGGUGGGAAGAAACCAGGAGCAGCCACCCCAGGUGGAUGAUAGAGAUUCGUUCUCAAGCAUUGCUGCUGUAAUAAACUCAGAGAGUCAAAUGGACACUGCUGUGGAAAUAGACUCCGAAGUAUCACUUUCGGCUUCAUCUUCCAGAAGGAGAAAUGAUAGUUUCAGAGUUUCAGAUGUUGACAGCGGUGACUCUCGAGCACAUAGAAGGAGACGACUGAACUAGGACCAUGUUUAGUUCACAAAGAAUUCAGCUAUAGUUUGGAUGUGAAUCAAAAUGUUACCAUCAUUUCCUUGGAGAAACAAAUUUGUUGGGAGCUAGAAAGGAGGACCCAUCUUUAGUUUUUUACUCUCCAUGUACAUAAACAAUGUAUGUGAUAAUCUUGUUUUUAAUAAUUGUUUUGCAAAGAAGGCCUGGGAAAGUUGUUAAUUUUCAUCCCCAACUUUCUUAUCUGUAUUUCACUCAUGGAUGAUGUGUUUGUGUCCUACAACUGUAUUGUUUUAAGGUCUCUCCACUAAUGUGGACUUUGAUCGACCAAAGUUUAUUACCACUCAUUUUCUCUUAAAAUUUCCUUUAUGCUAAUUUUCCAAAUCAAUUAUUAUUCAA